CCUCCCCAAUCUCCACAUGGAGAUGGUGACAGUCAACCAUUACACACCACACGGGAUUGCGGGCGCACAGGCUCUUGUGCGGGUCUUGACGCGCAGCACCGGAUGGGUCGACGCAACUCACAUCGAGCUGGGUGACGAGGGGGCGCGCGUGCUCAUGGCCGGCCUCGGUAAAUGGCUCACUGUAGUGGAUGAGCCGCGGCAGUUUGCAGUGGCCGAGGCUUCUCAUCCCAGUAGCACAGUGGCUGUUCUCCCGCGAUGCCGUGUGCACAACUGGCUCAAAGUACAAUUGCUGAGCGUCUUGGGCCGGACGCCGCAGGAAGAGCCUGUACCUUUCUUGCCGCGCUCCUUCCGAGGAAUCAGCAUUCUCCGGCUCAACCAGAAUGACAUUGGCGACGAGGGGCUCUGUGCAGUGCUCACGUACGCAAGUCAGGACUGGAGCUUGACAGAGGUCUUUCUCGAGUGCAACAACUUCAAGCUCCAAGACGCAGAUACUCUGCGCCAAGCCGUCACGCACCUCAACAACUCGGGCCUGCAAAGCCUGUCGCUGUCAGACAACCCCCUAACAUCCUCAGGAGUCAUCCAGCUGUUCAACUUGCUCGACGCACCAUGUCUACGCGGACUCGACGUUGGCGGGUGCCAAGUCGGCGCAGAAUGCCUCCCAGCCAUCGUCGGCUUCUUCACCUCACCGCGGGGCCGAAGGCUCCACGAUUUCGAGAUGAGGACUCAUGGGCUUGGAGAAGAUGACGUGCGAGAGCUCCUCGACGGCCUUGAAGGCGGGAACUCCGGUCUCACAACCUUUGAUGUGCUGCCCAGGCUUUUCACCGUGGUGCCAGGCAUGUUCGAAAUACCCCCUCCCCCCAUCGAUCGAGGCCGUCGACUCUGUGACCGCAAUGGCGACCUCGCCUGGCGGGUGAGGGUGGCUGCUGUGCGGGCACUGGCGCCGACGCGAAUCAUUGUGCACGGUCUCAAGCUGCCAGCCACGGAGGCGACCGUUGUGCAGCCCAGCAAGUCGCACAAGCGCUGGCCAUCGAGGGCACUCAAGGCAUUGCGCCCCGUGCCUCGCCAAACAUUCCCGCUGCUCGACCUGCCGCGCGAGAUCCAGCUCCAGAUUGCGCGCCUCUGCUCGGGUGACGCCAAUGCCUUCAGCGGCGCGCAGUGGUCCCGCCUGACCGCGUACGCUUCAGACCGCAAGACGCUGGGCUCAACACCUCACCGGGGUCCAGUCGAUGUGCGCAACGACGAGAGGAGGCGCCGCAUGCUGCGCGAGUUUGACCAGUGGUUCUCUGGAAUCGACUGCUGGUCGUGGGAGAGGGACUAG